AUGGAACGAGUGUAUUUAGCCAAUCUGCAAAACCGAGUAACUUUGUUGUUUAUUUCAUUAUUACAAGAAUUUAAGUACCAUAAAGAAAGCACCGAGAUGUACUUUUAUGGAUACGAACUACGUAUUCAUUAUCAAGAUGAAAUAUCAGUUAUUAAACUUGCGUGCGAGCGCUAUCAAAGAAGCACAGCUAGUAAAGAAAAUAAUGGUCAAAAAAUUUUAUAG